AUGGCUUGGUUUAUAAUUAUUAUUCUCUGCCUUGGGAGUUUAAAGGCUCAGCUUUUGGACACAUCCAACAAAACUGAACCAGACUUAGAGGAGAGAUUAUUUGGUCUUCUCUUAAGGUUGAAAACGGAGAAAGUGUACGACACCCUAUUAAUUUAUGGGGAGGAUUGUGCUAUUCCUUCUCUAUCUACAGGAUUACAAGUCCCCACAGUGCUUGUUUCUUCGGGUACUACCAACUUCGAGUGGAACUUCAGCAGCCUAACACUUAUCCUCAGUUGUGAGUUUCAAGCCGAGAGGGAGCAGAACUACCGCACAUUGAUGAAGCUGCAACUAGCCAGGCGCCUUAUUCUUCUGAAAGGGAAUGCACAACCAGCGACUGUUUGCGACUUCUAUUCGAAAAAGGAACAAUAUAAUAUAGCAAUGGUGAAGGAAAACUUUGACCAGUUCGGGGUAGUAUACUCCUGUCGCCUAUUUCAAGAUCGACGCUACGAAGAAAUAAAUCUAUUCGAAGGGAGCCCGAUUUUCAUAGAACAGUUCAGAAACAUGCAUGGAGCGCCGAUCAGAUCGUUUCCAGACCUGUCACCACCUGAAUGCAUGGCGUACCUGGACCCCAAAACUGGCGAAGAAAAGUACACGGGCUACGUGGCCAGUGUGCUGAAUAACUUUGCUAAGAAAGUUAAUGCUACCAUCUCAAUGCAGAUGCAUUUGGCAGAGAACAAAGAGGAUAUAUCUUUUGUAAACAUUACGAAUUGGGCCUCGGAAGAUCUUCUGGAUAUUGGCAUGAGCGAAGCACUGUCCUUCAGAAUGUCGAACUUCGAUACGAUCUCCUAUCCGUACCUGAUGGGUUCCUUCUGCUUCAUGUGCCCUCUACCGGAUAAAAUGCCUUUCAGUGACAUCUACUUGGCGAUCGUGGAUCAAGCAGUCCUGAUUGUGCUCUUUGUAGUAUUCUGUAUUAUCUCAGUAAUGGUGAUCUACAUACAGAAAAAAUCCUGGCGAGCUCUUAGCUUCACCGGCGUUCUGAUGAACGACAUCUGCGUGAGGGCAUUUUUGGCCCAACCUUAUCCCUUUCCCCGUCACCUUAAUGGAAAACUAAAACUUAUUUUUAUAGUCAUCUGCUUCUCUAGUGUAAUUACCACCACCAUGUACACGUCCUACCUGCAGGCAUUGCUAUGGGCUCCACCAGUCGAUCCAUUUAUGACUUCCUUUGCGGAUGUAGAGAAAUCCCGGUACAUGAUGGCCAUAAACAUAUACGAUGUAGGUGCAGUGCAAUCCUUGAACGUCAGCGAGGAGCAGGUAGUGGUACUUGACUACCCCGAAUUCACUCACUUGAGGGACACUUUUAAUGACAACUUUAUAUACCCGGUAACCGCAAAUCGCUGGAUGACCUUCGCCAAGCAACAGAAUAACUUUGCAAGUCCCAUGUUCUACUACUCAGAAGCACUCUGUGUAAAUUACUUUGACGUCUUAAGCUUUCCCUUAAGACGACACUUGCCGUACCGCGAUCUCUUCGAGGAGCACAUGCUGCGACAGAAGGAGUUCGGCCUAACGAAGCUAUGGCUCGAUAGAAGCUUCUUGAAUAUGUUAAGAUUAAAUUAUACAUCCCUUAAAGAUUUCAGUCCGCCUGCCCCGGAGGAUUGCAUAGAAGUACACAAUCUGUACUGGAUAUUUGUCAUGUACUUCACUGGGUUGGGCCUCGGUGGAUUUUGUUUUAUCCUGGAGCUAAUAACCCCUUUACGCCCCUGGAGACGAUUUCGACUACUUCAGCGAUUAAGGAUUAAAAAUUAA